AUGGCUAGAGAACUGUGCGAAGACAAGUCAAGGAACAUGGUAUCAUCAGGAAGUUUUUGUUACACAGAUGUUUCAUCUAGUAACCCAACAAUCCAAACCCAUCUUGUGAAUCAGAUCCAAGGCUUUGAAUCCAAUCCAGAGAUGUUCAACUUGACUACAAGCAUGGAGAUGAUAGGGUUUUCAAAGAACCUACAGCAGCAACAUAGUGACAGUAACUCUGUUAUGUGGAAAGGUUUCUUUAACAAACCAGCAAACAACAACAACCCUGGUGGUCCUUCUUCUUCAAAGACAAUCAAUGAAUCAACAAGUGGUGAUUUUUAUCAACAUGAGUUCAACAAAACUGAUUUCUCGACUGGGAUUUCUGACGCAAGUAAUGAGAAUCUAAUGGUUGGGCCCGAUCCCUCAGCUCCUUGGCAUGAGAACAGGUUGCUUGUCGAUGAUUCUUCUUUGAGGUGUGUCUUUCCGUGUGAAGGAAAUGAGAGGCCAAGUCAAGGUCUUUCACUUUCUCUGAGCUCAAGUAAUCCAUCUAGUAUUGGGCUACAGUCUUUUGAACUAAUAAGGCACGCACCUACUCAUCAGAAUCAAAUUAGUCCACAAGAAGAAAUGAGGUUCUUUGGCAAAUCUCCAGAAAAUAUUCAGCAGCAGAUGAUGCAAGCUGCAAAUUCGCAUCAUUUGCAUCAUCAAGGGCAGUUUCAACUUAGGAACUCAAAGUACUUGGGUCCUGCUCAGGACCUCUUGAAUGAGUUUUGUAGUCUUGGGACAAAGCUAGGUGAUGCAUUAAAGCAAAAGCCCCACAAGCCUAAACAGUGGGAUGAUGAUCAGAAUGGAAGUUCUUCAAGGAAGCAAUCUCUUCAGUCUCUUGAAUUCAUUGAAUUGCAGAAGAGAAAGACAAAGCUGCUUUCAAUGCUGGAAGAGGUGGAUAGAAGAUACAAGCACUACUGUGAUCAAAUGAAGGCUGUGGUAUCAUCCUUUGAAGCCGUGGCAGGUACUGGAGCGGCCUCAGUCUAUUCAGCUUUAGCAUCUAAGGCCAUGUCAAGGCACUUCAGAUGUUUAAGAGAUGGAAUUGUGGCUCAAAUUCUUGCGACAAAGAAAGCUAUGGGAGAGAAAGACCCUGUUGCACCAGGUACAACAAGAGGUGAAACUCCAAGGCUAAAGGUUCUUGAUCAAACUCUAAGGCAACAAAGGGCUUUCCAACAAAUGAGCAUGAUGGAGAGUCACCCAUGGAGACCUCAAAGAGGCCUACCUGAAAGAUCUGUGUCGGUUCUUCGAGCUUGGUUGUUUGAGCAUUUUCUCCACCCGUACCCAAGUGAUGUUGAUAAACAUAUCUUAGCCCGCCAAACUGGUCUCUCAAGAAGCCAGGUAUCCAAUUGGUUUAUCAAUGCAAGAGUGAGGCUAUGGAAACCUAUGGUGGAAGAGAUGUACUUGGAAGAAACAAAGGAGCAAGACAACAACAUCGCCUCCUCGGAUGGGGUUCCCGAUCUUGAUGAAAAUAUUAAUGGCCGGCCAAACCAAAAUCCUUCUUCAACAGAUCAAAAACCAACACCGGACCAGCUCAUUCGAAUUGACUCUGAAUGCCUCUCUUCCAUUAUCUCUAACGCAGAUAAAAAUGGCACCAACAAAAGCACUAAAACAUUUCAAACCCACCACUUGCAACACCAUCAACAGAAUUUUGGAAACUUUGGUGCUAUGGAAUUGGACUUUUCAUCUUACAAUCAUCACACAGCGGCUGGGGUUUCUUAUGCAAAUGAUAGUGCUAAUAAUCAGAACUUCAGUGGUGGCGGAGUGUCCUUGACAUUAGGGUUGCAACAGCAUGGAGGGAGUGGUGUGAGCUUAGCAUUCUCUCCUGCCUCUCAGAGUUCUCUAUUUUACCCUAGAGACCAUAUUGAAGAUUGCCAACCUGUUCAGUACUCAAUUCUAGAUGGUGAAGCACAGAAUUUGCCUUAUAGGAAUUUGAUGGGAGCUCAGUUGCUGCAUGACUUGGCUGGAUAA